AUGGACAUGGUCAACGCGACCGCAAAGGCCCUGGGCAACCAGACGCAGGACUACUUCACCGUCCUCGAGGAGGUCGGCAAGUACAAUGUUCACCUCAACUACCUCGAGCGCCUCUGGGCCGCUUGGUACCUCUUCAUGCAAAACGACACCCUCGCGACCGGCAUCAUGAGCUUCGUCAUGCACGAAAUCGUCUACUUCGGCCGCUGCCUCCCCUUUAUGAUCAUGGACAAGAUCCCCUACUUCAACAAGUACAAGAUUCAGGCGCAGAAGAUGCCGACGCUUAAGGAGCAGUGGGACUGCGCCGCCAUCGUCCUCGUCAGCCACUUCACCGCCGAGCUGCCCCAGAUCUGGUUCUUCCAUCCCAUCGCCACAUACUUUGGCAUGGACUACGGCGUGCCCUUCCCGUCAGUGCUCAAGAUGGCUAUCCAGAUUGCCAUCCUCUUCGUCAUGGAGGAUACCUGGCACUACUGGUUCCACCGAGCCCUGCACUACGGCCCGCUCUACAAGGCCAUCCACAAGAUGCACCACACCUACUCGGCCCCCUUUGGCCUGGCUGCCGAGUACGCUUCGCCCAUUGAGACAAUGCUCCUCGGCAUCGGCGUCGUCGGCUCCCCGAUUCUCCUGCUCUGCGUCACCGGCGACCUCCACCUCAUCACCAUGUACACGUGGAUCAUCCUGCGUCUCUUCCAGGCCAUCGACGCCCACAGCGGCUACGAUUUCCCCUGGAGCCUGCGCCACUUCCUGCCCGUCUGGGCCGGCGCCGACCACCACGACCUGCACCACGAGAAGUUCAUCGGCAACUACGCCUCGAGCUUCCGCUGGUGGGACUACUGCCUGGACACCGAGGCCGGUGCCGAGGCCCACAAGAAGCGCCGUGAGAAGAAGCUCAAGGCCAUCCGGGACGCCAAGAAGCAGCAAUGA